AUAAUAAAUUAAUUCAGGGAGGUAAAAAGAGAACAUGAUGGCGGCCACAGUUGUACAUAAUAUUAGUUGAAUUCAUUUUUUUUAAACGGGUGCCCGUCAUUAAAUGUUCGUCGAAAAUUUAAAUCUAUUAAUAGUGGGAAGUACGUGGUUACGUAGAGGACCAUUUGUCCGUGAACAAUGGCCACAAAAGAGUCUGGUGUUACCAUCGACGAUGGUAUAGCAGAACCUGGUAUAGAACCGGGUGCGUCUGCUGAAACAAUGCUCGUUACAACAGAUAGUUUUGAGGAAUACGAGCAAGAAAUGAGUAGCAGUAUUGACGACAGACAAAUGAAAGAAAGUACGAUGAGUACUAUAUCCGAAAUUCAGGACGACGUACAAGACAUUCCAAUAACACCUACAGAUAAGAGUCCUCAUGAAUUAAAAAAAGAUGAAUCUUUAGAUGAAUCUGAUGUGGACGACAUUACUCAUCGUUUAGGUCAAAGUAGUUUAGAAGCGGAUCCAUUACGUUGUAAAAUUUGGUUAUCGCAAAGGAAGCACGUAUUUAUAUUGAGUCAAGCAGGAAAGCCGAUAUAUUCUCGAUACAGUUCAGAGGAUAAAUUAGUUACUUUAAUGGGAGUUAUGCAAGCUUUAGUAUCCUUCGUUCAAGCUGGCAGUGAUAUGAUUAGAUCUGUACACGCCGGAGACACUAAUUUUGUCUUCUUUGUUAAAGGACCAUUAAUAUUAGUCGCUGUUUCUAAAACUUUGGAGAGUGUACCACAACUUACUUUGCAACUGACAUAUGUAUAUAAUCAGAUAGUUUCUGUUUUAACUCAAUCUCAAUUAACACGAGUAUACGAUUUACGAAGGAACUUUGAUUUGCGAAGAUUGUUAAGUGGCAGUGAAAGACUGAUAGAUCAUUUAUUAAAUUUUAUGGAUAGAGAACCUGCUUUUUUUCUAGGAGCUAUUAAAUGUUUGCCUUUACUUCCCUCAAUGAGGGCUUCUAUAACACAAACUAUUAUACAAACUUGUGGAAAAAUAAAGAAUUUGGUCUUUGCGAUACUUUUGGCAAACAAUCAAUUGGUCACAUUAGUUAGAAUGAAUAAAUUCUUUUUACAUCCUGUUGAUUUGCAUUUAAUACAAAACUUGGUUGAUAGUUCGGAAUCUCUUAAAACUUUUGAAAUAUGGACACCUAUAUGUUUGCCAAAAUUUGAUGCCAAUGGUUAUAUGCAUGGUCAUGUUUCGUAUCUGGCUGAAGAUUGUCAAGCAUGUUUGUUAUUACUUACUGUCGAUAGACAUGUAUUCUUUGUACUUUCGGAAGCUAAACAAAAAAUAGUGGAGAAGCUGAGAAGAACAAAUUGUUUGGAAGCCAUAAAUGAAUCUAUGAAUAAAGCACCUAUUACGACUGCGGAUAUUGGCCUACCUGAAAUGCGACAUGUUUUAUACAAAUGUAAAAGUACAGCACAAUUUUGGAGUCCUGGUCUUCAACCACCUUAUACUACUGAUGAAGAAAUAGAACGAUUACUUGGGCAGUAUCAAUGUUUACAUCACAGAUUACACUCUCCUAGUCGACCACUUAAAUUAAUCUUUCAACAAUUAGAUAAAGAAACAAUGUUAGCUUGGGUAACAUCGGGUUUCGAAAUUUACGUAACGUUUGAGCCUUUGGUUACAAAACCCGAUGCAAUCGAUGCAGUGAGUAAAUUAUUAAAAUGGAUUAAAAAAGAAGAAGAAAGAUUAUUUAUAUUAAAUUCACCUACUUUCUAAUGAACUUAUAAACAUUAACAUGAAAUCUUAGUCUAAAUUUAAUCGAAAUUACGUAAUUUUCAUUCAGCGUAUAUCAUUUUUUUCGUUAAUUGAAAUUCUAAUUAAACUUUUAUCAGAAAAUUUA